AUGUCGAUCGACUCCGUUCUUGAACAACAACGUCGUUAUCACGAAGAACGUGAACGACUGAUGGACACAAUGACAAAAGAGAUGCUACGAAAAAAAGCCACGCAUCGAGAACAAAUCAAUUCUGAACAUAUGGUUAAAUUAUUACUCGAUCGUUAUGCGGAAACAUCCAGUCGUUUGAAAGAAACAUAUGAUGACAGAGACGGAUCACGGAAGAAAGAAAUUGAAGCAUUAUCAGGUCCGAAUGAAUUUACGGAAUUCUAUACUCGAUUGAAAAAUAUCCGUCAAUAUUAUCCCAAAGCUUCAGAUGAAAUUGCCGUUCCCAUGUCGAUAGAAUACGAGGAAUUCAUGCGACAACUGCAAGAAACUGAGGAUGGAGAACCAUUAGCUUUGGCAAGUUUUACGGAUGAAGAGGGCUAUGGUCGUUUCCUCGAUCUUCAUCUUUGUUACGAAUUCUAUUCGAAUAUCAAAGGCAUGGAAAAAAUGGAUUAUUUAACCUAUUUACAACGAUUUGAUCGUUUGUAUGAAAUUUCCAAAGACCGCAAAGGACAAGAUUAUCGGCAAUAUCUGUUUGAGCACUUAUUUCCUUAUCUAUUCGAUUUUCUUCAACGUUGUAAACCAUUGAUUAACAUCCAAAAAGAUUUAAGUCAUGUUAGACAAGAAUUCGAGUUGAAAUGGGAACAAGGAAUCUUUCCAGGAUGGCCGAAAGAAACUGGCGGAGCGUUGGCAAAAGGUGGAGCACCAUUGGAUUUAAGUGGAUUUUCGUCGUGGGAGGAAUUAGCGUCGGUUGGUCUUGACCGAUUAAAAUCUGCUUUAUUAGCACUCGGAAUGAAAUGUGGAGGAACAUUGGAAGAGCGUGCUAAACGUUUAUUUUCGACGAAAGAUAAGUCUGUUGAAGAUCUCGAUCCGUCACUAUUCACAAAAGAUGCGGAUAAAACCAAACGUGGAAAUAAAGAUUCGGUUCGUCAUAAAGAAAUCGCAGGAAUGGAAGCGCAAAUUUAUCGUUUGAUCGAUUUACUCAGUGAACAACGUGCAGCUACAUUGGAUAACGUUCGUCGUAAACAGGCGAGAGCUGGUGAAACCAACUCCGAUGAUGAGGAUAUGGGUGGUGGUGAUGUUUCCGACGAUGAUUCCGAUCUCGAAGAUGACGGACUCAUUUAUAAUCCAAAAAAUUUACCACUUGGCUGGGAUGGAAAACCAAUUCCUUAUUGGCUUUAUAAAUUACAUGGCCUUAACAUGUACUUCAACUGCGAAAUCUGCGGGAACCACACCUAUCGCGGACCAAAAGCAUUUCAACGACAUUUUGCUGAAUGGCGACAUGCACAUGGUAUGCGCUGCUUAGGUAUUCCGAAUACGGCGCAUUUUGCGAAUAUCACAUCGAUCGAGGACGCAUUGGGUUUAUGGAAAAAGAUCAAAGAUAACAAAGACGAUGAACGAUGGAAACCGGAAACAGAAGAAGAGUUUGAAGAUUCAAUGGGAAAUGUUGUUAACAAGCGAACAUAUGAUGAUCUUCGGAAACAAGGUCUUUUAUAA